GGAAAACUCUGUAACUCUCAGCUAAUAAUUAAAUCAUGUGAAUAUAAGAGCAACUCAUUUUCACUAACGGCUCUGUAAUCUUGUGAUUAUUGCUACAGAAAAUUGCAGAAAUACCAAUACACUGUUUAUUUCUCCUUUUGUUUAGUAACACAGUCGAAGAGACAUUUAUCAACCGCUGGAGUAAACCAGUUGAUCCGGACAUACUAAUUGCUAUAGUGCGCAUACAAUCAUUAUUUCGUGGACAUCGCAUUCGAAGUGCGACACUUCUAAACCAGACAAGGUUUAUUGUGGAAACGCUUUCUUCUACCAGCUCACACUCAGAUACUGAAAACACUGAAACAAAAUCGAGAUAUUUUAUGCGUAAGAUACUAAUAAGAAAAAUUAAACGUUUAUCAAAUGGUUGGAUGAAUUGCUUAAAUAUAUUACAACAAGGACAUAAUCAAUAUGAGGUUGGAAAUGAACUUAUUCAAAGGUUGAUCUUAUCCAAUUCUUCAGUGGUAAAUAACUGUGCGAUACAGACAAGACUGAUUGAAGAUCUUAAUCUGUAUCUAAGUGUCAAAGAAUAUUCCGGUACAUAUCCUGAAAUACCUUCAGAAUAUCCUAUGCAUCACACAGGACCUUCAAAUUAUGCAGAAAAACCCACUAGCUUAUUUUAUAAGGACUGGAUUCAUCUUUUGUUCCGCGAUUGUAUUUAUUUACCAAAUUCAAUGAACAAUGUACCUAUGGUAUCAGAGAAAGUGAAGUAUUCAAUUCAGAUGAAAACUGUACUACCUCACAGUUAUAUCUUGUUGAUAAACAAUGAUAAUGGCGUAACUGUUCGACCAUCAGUAGACUUCCCAUACACUUGGUUACAUCUACCUGAAAACAAAAUGGGUUAUAGUUUAUUGGGUGUUGCAGGCAGUGGACCGGCACCAAAUGGAAAAUGGAGUUUACAAAUUUUGGGUCCAGGUAUUAUGGGAAUUGAAAGACUGCCCAAGCCAGUGAAUGCUUCGUCUCAAAGUUUAUGCUCAAAUUUCCAUAUACUUGAAUUAGAAGAUUACUAUGAACCAAAUUCUAGUGGUUUAUUAUUUCGACGUCGAAUAUGUGCUAGUAAUGACAGCUUGAUAACAGUUCAGUUGCGAUUAUCUGUUCCGAAUGUACAUACACGAUUAUGCAUUAAAAUGGGUAACAAAGAGGUAGUGUCUGAUGACGGUUAUGGUGGUGCAUGUAUUUUCGCCUACAUGUUAUUAUCUGAUACAUUGUCGUCGUCAGAUGGUCGAAAAAGUCGAGCGUCAAAUUCAGGACGUCUUCUAGAGGCCUCAAAAACUGAAGUUAUUAAAUCAAGUCCUAGAGAAAUGACGAAUCCAAAACUUACAGCAGUCAAAUCAAAUACUGCCAGAGUAUCUCCACGAAAAUCCACGACACCCAAGAAAAACAUAAAACCAGGGAGUGGUUCAAGUAGUUCUACUGGUGGUAGUACGGUAGGCAGUAGUGGCGGCAGCAGUGGUAUUAGCAGUGCUCACAAUGAAAGAAAUAGUCGUCCCGUUUCGAGUGAACCAAUUUCUGUUCAAGGGGAUAAAGAAAAUCCCCUGAAAGAUGAGGAUCGAUAUUAUUGGAUUGAAGCCUUUGUCGACGUUAAACAGUGGCCAUUAAGUAUCAGCAAUUGGUCAUUUUUAGAGGAAAAGCGGUUAGCUAAACUUGAAGAAUGUCAAGUGAAUAAUCCGUCUAGAAGUGCUUCAGCUGAUAAAAGUUCCAGUGGUAGAACCGUAAAAUCUGCAACAAAGUCUGCUGGAGGUAAAUCCAGCGGUGUUGGUCAAAAAUCUGGUUCUGGACGUGCUAAUUCGGCGAAAAUUGAUAUAAAUCAGGCUCAUUGGAAAAUGAGAAUAAUUUGUAAUAACGCUAGUGAUGUGAAAUUAAUAAAUGCGGAUAGUAGAACUGCAGAAAUUAAAGCUUUAAAGAGAGCUUGGGAGGAAGUGGAACCAGGAAGAUCGAUGAGAGGUGAACUUUCAAGAACGCGUUAUCUUGAAGAAUAUGGUUUAAUGAAUAGACCGGACUUAAUAAACAAUUUAGAUGAUACUGAGUCAGUCAUUACAGGCAAAUCUGAUGACAGUCAAAUUCAAACUGCUAGAGAACAACCUUUAACAGACCCUUCAUCAGAUCCGUCGAGAAUUUACGUCCUAACAUUCCCACAAGAAUUAAAUCGAACUAUCAGUCUUGUAAAACCGGUUGAAUUACAAAAGUUCACCAUGAAACCAGAUGAAGUUGAGUUGAAUCGAAUUGACGAGGCAAGUAAAUUGGUUGGUCCAGAUACAGAACAAUGGUUUAUUGCAUCGCGUUACCUACAGCAAGUCAAACUGUUGUCAAAUAAUGAUAUGGAUAAAAUGAUAAAAGUGAAACGGGAAAUAUUUAACAAACUGAUGCAUAACUUGGAAGUAGAACUAGCCGAUCAUAAAAAGAAACGUGGUUUGUGUAAACAAAAUCACAUUGUUAUGCUCAAAACUGCUCAGUUUUUGAACGAUGAAGCUCACUUUAAAUACUAUGACAUGUGUACAACGUACAGGAAUAAUUUAAUCAAACAAUAUAAAGAGGAGAAAGAAGCACUUUUGAAUGAAGGUGCUGACUACUGUGCUGUUGAACCAGUUGUAAGUCAACAGAAAAGUCCUAAAAAAGAAAGAAUAAAGUCAUCAAGAAGUUCAAAGUCAGGCUCAAAAAGUCGUCCCAGUUCAAUUAAAAGAAGGAGUUAA